UCAUUUAAGUUUGCAUCAUCUUUCCUUGACAGGCUCUCCCAUUCUAUCUUCUCUUGAAAGCUAGAAAUAAAAAAAAUACACCCAAAAGAAAAGCAAAAGCAAAAUCCUGUCUCGAUGUUCAACGUCCACUGUUUUCUUCUUCUUCUUCUCUAUCUUUCCCUAGCUCAUGCCCUGACUGCACCGCAGGAUAUUUUAGCUCUCAAAGCCUUUAAGGCCUCUAUCAAGCCAAGCUCAAUCCCUUCAUGGUCAUGUCUGGCUUCAUGGGACUUCACCAGCGACCCCUGUGCCAUCCCUCGCCGCACCCACUUCACCUGUGGUGUUACUUGCUCGCCUGACUCCACUCGUGUUACCCAAAUCACUCUUGAUCCAGCUGGCUACUCUGGCCAACUCGACCCACUUGUUUCGCAACUCACCCAACUUACCACUCUUGAUCUUUCUGAUAACUACUUCUUUGGCCCUAUACCUUCUUCCAUUUCUUCUCUCCGUAAUCUUCAAAGUCUGACUCUCAAGUCCAACUCGUUCUCUGGUUCAAUCCCUGACUCAGUUACGACUCUUGGAUCACUUGAAUCCCUGGACCUUUCUCAUAAUUCUCUAUCUGGGCCCUUGCCAAAAACCCUGAACUCGCUUUCUAGCUUGAGAAGACUCGAUCUGAGUUACAACCAACUCACUGGUUUUCUACCAAAACUGCCAUAUAACUUAUUGGAGCUUGCUUUAAGGGGAAAUUCUUUAUCUGGGUAUAUCUCAAAAUCCUCUUUUGAUGGUUUAACUCAGUUGGCAGUUGUUGAACUCAGUGAAAACUCGCUCUCUGGCACACUUGGAGCAUGGUUCUUUCUCUUACCGUCAUUGCAACAGGUAGAUUUAGCCAAUAACAGCUUAACACGUGUCGAGAUCUCGAAUCCCCCCGGUGGUAACAGCGACCUUGUGGCCGUUAACCUAGGCUUCAACAAGAUUGAGGGAAACGCCCCCGCUAAUCUUGCUGACUUUCCUCUGCUGUCCUCUUUGUCGUUGCGUUACAAUCGCUUACGUGGAGCCAUUCCAUUGGGGUACAGCAAGAACAAGUCUUUAAGGCGGUUGUUUUUAGACGGGAAUUUCUUGAUCGGGAAACCUCCAUCUGAGUUUUUCGCUAGUGAUACGUCGGUUUCCGGUAGCUUGGGGGACAAUUGUCUUCAGGAAUGUCCAGGAUCUUCUCAGCUAUGCACUCCUUCGCAGAAAUCUGACGCAGUUUGCAAGCAAGCUUAUGGUGGAAAACCAAGGGGACAUUAAAAGAAUAAAUAAUUAGCUGUGUCAAAGACUGUCAAUUACAGUGAUGAUUCCUUUAGUUUGAAGAAAAAGUGGGAUUGAUCUCCCACGUGUUUUUAAUAAGUAAUACUUCUCCUAUGUGUUUUUCAAUGUGUAAGCAUUUAAUCCAAAAAUAAAUAAAUAAAACCUUGUGUUUAACGUUGUUAGGAAAAUGGAAUUAGCUGUUAGAUGAAGUAAUUUGUAGUAGUAAUGUACUAAAGGCGAAAGUUGAACAUUUUUUCAGCCCGUUCUAGGUCAGGGAAAGGCUGCAGUUACCGACACUACUGUCAAAGAUAAAUUGUGAAUGGAUUUGGAGGAGUUAAAGUUAUAAUAAGGGGUAGAGGUACGAGCGGGAUGAUGCACAAAUUCCGAAUGAAAAAUCAAAGGGCUAAAUUUAUAUAUUUAUGAAGAAAGGCUUUAGCUUUUCACUGCCAAUGAUGGAUACAGUGCAGGUCCAUAACCAUGAGCUGUCAAGAAGAAAAGUCCUUUAAAGCAGCUGUUCCUUCUACCUUGUCGUCGGUGGCACAAUGUCUGACAUCAGUCAUUGUCCAAUUAAUUUGACAAAUUACCAAAAUUUUCUGUUGCCCUGGGUUUCUUCCAACUCUCAACCAUAGCAAAAAAAGAAAAAGAAAAUCAUACUAGUUAUGAUAAGGAUCAUUCUCAGAUUAACAAAAAUUGGAGAAUGCUUUACUUUCAAUUACUCACUUUAUUUCUGAUUAUGUUGGUUGGACCGUAUGUUUGAUAAUUGUGUAAUCAUUUUCACUCCCAAGCAAUGGAGCAUAAAAAGGAUGAAUUCUUACACAUUGGGAUGGGUGUUUGAGAUUCCUACCAAAGUUGUAAACCCUUUUAUUGAUAUGGCUAAUCAGAAUUCUCGAAAGAACACAUAGUGUUCGAUGAUUCCUAUCCUGAGGUGAAGAUUAAAGGCCCAUAAACGGUAAAACCCAAAAUUUUCCUGGUUUGUAAAAGAGCCCAAACCUCUAAAGAAAGGAAAAUUAGUUGAUCGAGUUCCCACUCUGCUGUCUUCUUUGUAGUUCAAUAAUCAAAUCCUAUAACCCUAACUUUGGUUCCUCCAUUGCAAGAAUUUACGACCUUUAAAGUUAUUCAAACAUGGGGAAGGCAAGCUCAAGAGAUUAGAGAUACUGUUGCCUCCUUGACUGCCAAGAGGACAUUACAAAGGCGAUAAGACUCUUACUUGCAAACAUUUUUAAUUUGUUUACCUUACAGCUAUUGGUUAAUAUGCAAAUCUAAAUGUUUUUUUUCUGUGGGGUUUUGAUUUAAUGCAGGUAUUCGUUCUAGUCUCAUAUUUAAUGCAUAAUAACAUCCAAUGCAUGCUGUAACAAAUUGUUCUGAGCUCAUGUGGGUAGAUUCAUUCGAUGCAAUCAUCUUUCACUUUUACCUCAUGUCUCUGUACUUUAUAUAUGUAUGUAUGUUUGGAAUUCUAACAUGCUUUAUAAAGUACUGCCAGAGUUCUGUUGGAACAUCUGCUAAAUGUGGAUUUGGGGUGGAGGAGGGCUUGGGAAAGAUGACUUUAGUGGCAGUAUAUAUAAUCAAAUUUCUUCCACUGACAUUUUUUGGGAAUAGAAGUGAAUGUUUCCACUAACUAAAGCAAUGGCACCAGUGAUGCCAUUGGCUGUUCUCUCUUCUAUUUUGGGUCACAAAAUAAUCUGCAUAUAUAUGCUCUUAGUUUGGAGUUAAAAGAGUUUGCCUAUGAAGAAGUUUCGAAGCCGACAGAAGAAAUUGAAGGCACAUGAUCUUUCUGCCCUGUCAGAGUUUAUUCCUGAGUUGAAAGCUCCCAAACAACCAAUUCCUGCAGCUGAUUUCAAGCUCAAUUGCAAAUCUAGGCAACAAUUAAUUUAUUUGCUCCAAUUCUGUGGUUCUAUCUUGUUAUAAUAUCUGAUUGUUUCCUGCAAUAAAAUACCUGAUUUUAAUGGAUGAAUUCUUAUCAGAUUGACAGAGGGAAAACAAUUGAGUGCAGUUCUUAAGCAUCCUCCUUUCAAAGCUGAUCCGCUGGCUGCCAUUCAUCAACACUCACAAAUUCUUUCUCUAUCACUGCUGUGUCCAUCACAAAGAUAAUACCCUGCGCCGCUGGGAGUGAUCAGGAAGUAAGUUUCCACAACGCCGAAUCAGUUGUUAGGGGCAUUUAAUGAUAAAAUAUGUAUAGUGAUCUAUCCCAUCUCAAAACUUUCG